AUGAUUAAGCAUCAUUUAAAAUUGAAAAUUCCAAAAUAAGAAGUGGUUUAAGUGAAAAAUCAAACAAAAUCCUCUUUCUAUAUAGCUAGGAGGAUAACUUAAACGAAUAGUGAUAAUGCAAUUCACGUUAUGAAUACCAAAGUAACAGAUUAAGUAAAUUAUGAUAAAAAACCAAAUCCCGUUUCUUCAAGAGCCUAUACUAUAUCUCAUUAUAGAUCUUAUUCAACAACUCCCACUAAUAUAUAAGGGUAGUAACAAUCAUAAAAUUUGGAUGAAUAAGUGUAAUUCUUCAAUUCAGAAAGACAAUAAUCAAUUAGCGUAUUAUCGUCCUAAUAUAAAAUCACUACUUAACCUAAGCCUACUAGAGUUGUGUCACUAUAUUAAAUAUCACCUUAAUAAGAAUCUAAAAGUAAUCCACUAGUUUAUUAGGAUAAACAGUAUUUUUAUUCUCAAUAUCGCAUGGCCAAUAAUGUUAAAUUUAAUCAAGAAGAUUAAAAGAUUAAUUAAAAUCAUGAUGAUUUUAUAUAUCAAAAUUCUUUUAUUAUGAAUGCGAGAGCUAAAACUAAAUCAUAAAUAUUCGCCAAUGUAACUUAUAAGGAUUUUUAAAGGAAAUCACAAGAUUUGUUUCAACAAAAUCAAUAAGGAACAUAAAAACAAUAAAUAUUUUUGCAAAAGGUUCUGAAGAAUAUAAAAGUUUCACAAAGUGAGAAAUCAGAUUCUAAAUUAUUAGUUAGAAAAUAUUCAAAAAUUUGGAAAGAGAAUUUCUCACCUAAAUAGUUUUAAGAGUAAUAAAAAUAUUCGUAAUCUACUAUGCAAUUUAAAUGGUACUUUAAUUAGUUCAUUGAAAAGAGUCUCAAUAAGUUUCGAUUAUAUUAAUAUUUAAAUAAAAAUUUAGCAUUCAUUGAAACAAAAAAAAAUCAUAAAUUAAAUAAAUCUGUUCAGGAAUUAAGAAGAUUUUAUAUUAAAAAUCACAAUAAUAAAAUUACUCAGACAUAAAUAGAAGACCAAUAAUUCAGAUACAAAAAAGAAAUUAUUUCAUUUGGAAUGUAUAUAAUAAUAAGUAAUAUAGGUUAGGAUAGAUAUUUUGAUUGAAAUAAAAGAUGACGAGUUUCAACCAGAGUAUUUUUAGGAGAAUUCAUAGGGGGAAAUUUUUGGAAAAAAAUUAGAAUAUUUCUGCUGCGAGAUAAUAUAAAAUAAUUAAUAAUAUUAGAUAUCUCCAAUAAUUAGCAAAUUGGAUAAUUUAUCAAAAAAUGAAUUAUUGUCUGUGGAUUAUAGUUAGAUGGAUAAAAUAAUGAAUUAAAGUAAUAAAUAUUAAUUUGUUCCAAACAUUUAAUUAGAUAAUGUUGAAAUUAGAAGGUUUAAUUCCAAAAUUACAUAUAUAAAAUACUAUGAUAUUAUCAUAGGAAAUUAUAAAAAUAAUAAUGAGAUUGUUGACCUCGAACAUGAUAACUAUCUUGAAUACUAACAAUAAUCAGUCACUCUGAAUAUGGAUAAAAAAGCUUUGAUGAUGAAUCUUAGAAGAUAAACACGAGGAACAAAAAUGUCUGUAUCAACUUUUCAAAAUGAGAAUGGAAUAAUUCAAAAAUAAUUUAUGGCGCCUGGUUAUGGUAAAAAUUUACUUGGUCUUUAAUAAUAAUCUAAAAUUGAUAUGAAAAGAAGUCAAACCAAGUCUAUUCAAAAUAUUGCAGAAAGUGAAAUAUAUCAGAGCAAUGAAAUUAUUCAUACAAAUGAGACUAAUAAAGGAGAUACAAUAUUAAAAUACUAUAAAGAAAAUGUAUUAUGUGUACUUUAAAUUUUAGCCAGUGAAAUAUUAACAAUAAUUAAAAUUGUAAAAUCUAUAAAUAUUUGAAAAUACGAUGAAGCAAGAAAAUUCAAGCAUUGCCGUAGUCUAAAUGAUGAUAGAGCACAAUUUCAUUGAUGAAUUAAUAGAUUAUCACAAAAAAAAUCCCAAUUUUUCUCUUAAUUCUCGGAAUGCUUAAGGAAAACCAUUGAUUAUGGUUGCUGCUUAAUCAGGAAAUAAAGAAUUAGUUUAGUAUAUGAUCAAUUAAAAUGUUUUAUUGAAUGUCAAGGAUGUAAAUUUUUGGUUUAAAUAUAGUUAGAGGGGAACACGGCACUUCAUUAUGCAAUUAGGUGUGGAUAUUAUGAAAUUGCUGACCUCUUACUACUAAAUGGAGCAAAUUAAGAGUUAGACAUUAGAAAUGACCAUCGAUAAUGGAACUAGAAUUAUAAGUUACUAAAAAUGA